AUGUAUCCCCUCCCCUCCAAGAUUGAAGCAAUUCGUGAUUUCCCUCAACCAACUACCAAGCGUCAGUUGCAGCGAUUCUUUGGCAUUUUUUUGCCGUCGGUUCCUACCGAGCUGUGCUGGCAUUUCCUUCAAGGUUGGGGCAUCACUGUUUUCACGAACCACAAGCCGCUGACUUUCGUUUUUCGUUCCUACUCCUACAAUCCGAAAAAGAUCGCCCUCCUGGUCUACAUUUUCCCGCUCACCAACGACGUCCGCUACAUUGUUGACACGAAAAUUGCGAUGGCAGAUAUGUUGUAUAGGCCCUCACUAUUUUCUAUCCAUCUCUCACACCGGAUCAACCUUGGCUCCAUGGCGGCUGUACAACAGCGAGUCCGUUGUCCUGACGACGAGUCUGUUAGCGGUCCCCAACUCGAAGACGAUCAUCUGAACACCGGCUCUGAUAGCAUGCUUUGUGCUGUCUCGACUCCGUUUCAUCGGCCUUUCCUGCCCGUCUCGAUGCGUCGAUCUGCGUUUCAAACUCUGCAUAGACUCUCCUACCCUCAGAUUCGAACCUCUCAAAAAUUCCUUGCGGAAAAGUUCAUCUGGCCUGGCAUGAAGAAAGACGUCGAAGCUUGGUCCGGUAGUGUCUGA